AUGACGCAUGAUGAACCCUUCAAGCACCGUGAGUAUAUGAAGAACCCCACUACUCUUUCACUUCCUGAUAUGGAGGACUCAUGGGAAAAUUGGCUCUCUCAUUUGGGAAUGAGUUGGAAUUCUGCCACAGUCACUGCCACCGCCGCCGUCGUCAGUGGUUUAUCUUUUGAAGAGAUUGUAAGCUUCGACGGCCACUAUUCCGAUAGCUCCAAUGGUGUAAAACAACACUACUCUUAUUUGAAGACAAUACAAGAGGAGUUAGCAAGUUAUUGUUCAUCUCCUUUGACAACAAAAAGGGCUCUAGGGAACUAUGAGUCUGAGCCAAAGGAGAAUAGAGUAACAAAGAAGGCCAGAAGCUCUUCUGAGGCAUUACAUCACAUAAUGUCAGAGAGAAAAAGAAGACAGGACAUAGCCGAGAAAUUCAUAGCACUUUCAGCUACUAUACCUGGCUUGAAGAAGACAGACAAGGCCUCUAUACUUCAGGAAGCCAUUAAUUACGUGAAGCAACUUCAACAACGCAUAGCAGUGCUGGAAAAAGAGACAAACAAGAAAAGUAUAAAGUCAUUGUUCAUCAAUAAAUCACACCUUUGUUCGGUAUCAUGUGAAACAAAAUCUAAUGGUUAUUAUGGAGCCUAUGAAGUGCUCCCUGAAGUCGAAGCAAGAGGCUUAGGGAAGGAAGUGCUCAUUAGAAUCCAUUGUGAGAAACGAAAUGGCAUCUUGCUCAAGUUAUUGGCCCUAUUAAAAAAUAUUCAUCUCUCAAUAGCCAGUAGCAGCAUAUUGCCAUUUGGAAACUCUAUUUUCAACAUUAUCAUUGUUGCUCAGAUGAGCGAAGAAUACAAGUUGACGGUGAACGAUUUGGUGAAGACAUUGAAACAGAAUCUUUUUGAAGUUGUAUGA